AUGAACAGCAAAUAUUCGGAUACCUUGUUGAGAUUUCGCGAUGAGGCUCGUAAAUGCUGCUCUCCAAAACUUUCAUCAACUCUGAGAGUGUGUUGUCGGUCUGAUUCACCAGAGACAAAGGCACUAUCGGUGAGCUUUCUAGAAUUUUCAAAGCGACAAGAGCUUUUCGUAUCCUCUUCAUGAUUUCAGGAAUCUCAUCCUUCUUCACCAAAUCGAUCUUGUUCAGCACUAUCACUACUCGGUUUGGACAAAAGAUAG